UAGGAAGCUAACUAGCCGGCUAGCAGUCAUGUCGAGCAAAACUAUGUUUCAGACAGAGUUAUCCCACAUUAUGGGGUUAUACGUUGAAACAACGGUUAGGGAGAUGGAGAGACUCCUCGACGAGUGUGCUGCUGUUUUGGAGAAUGAAGAGAAUAGUUUACUGAAGAGAGAAAUGGAGCGUGUGAACACAACCAACACGAUACAUUUUGCGUCAUUCAUGGAAGUGUUGAGUGAAGGCUUGAUGGAGAAAAUGUCACUGUUGAUGAUGGUGGACGAAACGGAGGUAAGAGCUGUGGAGAAGACUGGUGAGAGCUGUGGAGAAGAUGGGCGCUUCAGUCGGGAACUAGCAACACAAAAAGUAGCAGUAAAGGCAACAACCAAGAUGACCCUCUCUGUUACAGAUGAGGUGUCUUCUUCUGAGUCUGACAAUCCGGAGGAGGACCUUGACCUUGCCCCCCUGUCCUCACCUUCAUCGGACGAGGAAUGCCUAAUUGAGGUUGAUCCCAGUCAGCAUGCUGACCCAUCUGCAUCAGACCCAGAUAAACAAGGCCCAGCUAGGGAUGGAGAAGAUGUCCAAUGUGGGGAUUCUGCAGAUGCCGCACACCAAGGACCCCUCACCUGUUUCCAUUGUGGAAAAUGUUUCAAGAAGAAAGGGUUUCUGACGAGACACAUUCAGUCCCAUACAGAACCCUACAGCUGUUCUCCAUGUGGGAAAGGUUUUGAUCUGGCCAAACAGCUUGAGGAACAUUCCGUUAAACAACGCAUAGAGAACACCUUCAGUUGUAACGACUGCAGUGCCGUGUUUCACCGUAAAUGUACUUUGCAGUCCCACUUGAAGGGUCACCUAACGGAGGAAACGGUCACAUGUACAGUUUGUGAAAGAAAGUUCCUAGGGAAAAAAAGACUGAAGUGGCACAAGUGCAAUGGACGGAAAAUAUUAAUCUGCUCAUCCUGCCCAGAGAUCUUAAAGACCAGAGAAGGGUUGUCUUAUCAUGAGGAGACACAUUCAGGGGAGAGGAAAUAUAGCUGUGAAACAUGCAGCAAAAUGUUCUUAACCACUGUGUCCUUAAAGACCCAUAUGAUGUCUCAUAAAGAGAAGGAUCACAGUUGUACUGUAUGUAGCCAACGUUUCAGCCAUGCACCUGCUCUCAGAAAGCAUAUGUUGGUCACCCAUCCUGGAGAAAUGCCUGAAAAACAUUGCAUCUGCAGUGUGUGUGGUAGAUGUUUCGCCAAAAGGAACCAUCUGUAUAAACAUAUGAGGACACACAAGGAAGAGAGACCUUUUUCUUGCGACGUUUGUGGCAAGAAGUUUAAUUCUUCCGGUAAUCUCAGCAGACACAAGAGAACUCACACAGGCCAGAAAUUGUAUUGCUGUGACCUUUGUGAUAAAAGCUUCACCCAGUCCGGAACCCUGAAGACGCAUAAACUAAACACGCACACCGAAGGUGAAGAAAAGCCUUCUUUCAAGUGUGAGAUUUGCGGGGAUGUUUGUUCAAGUCGUUAUACUCUAAAGAAUCAUAUGGUCACUCACACAGGGAAGAAACCAUUUCAUUGUAGCGUUUGUGGGAAAGGUUUCUUUAGCAAUCAUCUUCUUAAAGUUCACGUUCACAUUCACACAGGGGAGAAACCAUUUGAGUGUGAUCAAUGUGGGAAGAGGUUCAGCCAGAAAAGCCAUCUGAAAUAUCACGAGCGUGUGCACACCGGUGUCAAAGCAUUCGUGUGCGACGUCUGUGGGAAGGCCUAUGCUAAUAGACAGAAUCUGAAGCUCCACAAGUGCAGCGCUUCUGCAAAAUUGUAGUUCUUUCGCGCCACAGCUAAUUAACCAUUUUUAUUUUUGAAUAUACUCAUUCAUUCAUGUUCCUCCAUGUGAAGUGAAAAUAGAAAGGAAAAUGAUUUGUCGUUCCUGUUGUUAUGACUGUGCUCCAUUCUGUGUCCUAGCACCAGACAGACGGUGCAGUAGCUUGCUCUUUAUCACAAUGUCACCGUGGGUCACUGUGGAUGUAUUGAUCCUGCUGAUUCUAAUAAGAGACCUUCAUAUUGUUGGAGUCUCUUAUUGAUUAUUUUUGUUGUGUACUCAUUAUCAAUCAAUAUUUCAGCUCACUUUCCCAAUGUCA